UCCUGUGGUGCGUCCCCGGCUCUUGAGCCUCUCAAAUCCUGUUUAGUGUGGCGUCCUCAGUCGCUCAUGGUUCUCAGGUAUUUUGGAUCUGGGGAGGGCGUGGAAGAGGACUUUCUGUGCAGCCCCCUAAUCCCCUAGGACGACCUAGUCCUUUAACCUCACCCAGCAAGAGUACCAAUGUCAGAACCACUGUGAUCUCGGACUCUACCGAAGAAAGCGAGAGGAGAGUGGUCCAAACCUCGCGGAUUCUGUGCCGAACCUAAAGACGAGCCCAUGUUACAGUCAAAACCCUGCGCCUUCGAAAGGCAGGUUUCAAUUUCUACAAGGUUCGAGGCAGGACGCCUGCGCAAACUGUAGAGCCCAAGCUAUGGCGACCGAGCAUCCCCCAGCAGAGGGAGCACAGUCGGCCCUCUCUGCUACCCAGCGCGAGGAAGAGCCUCAGAAACCCAACUAUGCUGUCAGACUUACUCUUGCGGGCCACUUGGCGGCCGUAUCAUCAGUUAAAUUUAGUCCUAAUGGAGAAUGGCUAGCAAGUUCUGCUGCUGAUGCACUAAUUAUAAUUUGGGGAGCAUAUGAUGGGAAAUGUAAAAAGACACUCCGUGGUCAUAUUCUGGAAAUAUCAGAUGUUGCCUGGUCUUCAGAUUCUAGUCGUCUCGUUUCUGCCUCAGACGACAAGACUCUAAAGUUAUGGGAUGUAAGAUCUGGAAAAUGUUUGAAAACAUUGAAGGGACACAGUGAUUUCGUUUUCUGCUGUAAUUUCAACCCACCAUCCAACCUCAUCGUUUCGGGAUCUUUUGAUGAGAGUGUGAAAAUAUGGGAGGUGAAAACAGGAAAGUGCCUCAAGACUUUGUCUGCCCAUUCGGACCCUAUUUCGGCCGUACAUUUUAAUUGCAAUGGGUCCUUGAUAGUAUCGGGGAGCUAUGAUGGUCUUUGUAGGAUCUGGGAUGCUGCCUCAGGCCAGUGUUUAAAAACAAUUGCUGAUGAGGGUAACCCUCCUGUGUCCUUUGUAAAAUUUUCUCCAAAUGGUAAAUAUAUUCUCACUGCAACUUUGGACAAUACUCUGAAACUGUGGGAUUACAGCAGAGGCAGAUGCCUGAAGAUGUACACUGGCCAUAAGAAUGAGAAAUACUGCAUAUUUGCCAGUUUCUCUGUUACUGGUGGGAAGUGGAUUGUGUCCGGCUCGGAGGACAACAUGGUUUACAUCUGGAACCUUCAGACUAAAGAGAUUAUACAGAAGUUGCAAGGCCACACAGAUGUUGUGAUCUCUGCGGCUUGUCACCCUACAGAAAACAUCAUUGCAUCAGCAGCAUUAGAAAAUGACAGAACAAUUAAACUGUGGACGAGUGACUGCUGAAGUCUCUGGCAAUCGAUGAGUCAAGCUGAAUUAGAAACAAGAUAGAAAGGAUGAUUUCUCUGAAGCUCAGCGUGGUUUUGUAGUUCUUUUCAAAUUGUCUUUGAUUGUAUGAGUUUGAGGCAUUUUCAUUUGUGAAAUGAGAC